GUCGCGUUCGCGGUUUCGUACUACGACGAACGGUGACGUCCAAGGAAUAUUUCCCUGGCUGUUUGAACCAUUAAUCUGCAGCCCGCACUUUGGUUUUUCGAAGAAAUCCCACGGGACGUUACGCGCGCGUUUUGACAGUUCUAUAUAUAUUUUUUAAUAGUUCCGCGAUUUAGUGCAAAAAGUUUGUGGUGUUGAGUGACAGUUUUUUAUGGGUGUUUGAGAAAAAGAGUUUGACUAUGGCGGAUUUUACCGGGAUUUUCUCAUGAUUCCCCCUCUAUUUCAGAUGGCGUGACGCGAGUUUGCCAAGAUGGCGGCGGUGUCGACUUCCGUGCACCUAGAUUCCAGGAUCAAAAUCCAAGACCACAGCGACGAAGAACCGUACUCCCCCAAUACCAGAGACACGACGAGUCCCGAUUACCAUGAAGAUGAAAAGCAGGAGGAGAGACCCAUGCAUACAUCCUCUUUCUCAAUUCACAACGUUCUAAAGAAAGAAAGAGACACGAACAGUCCAGAGAAUGUGUUCUCGACUGAAAAGCUGUUGCAGAGCACGCCCAACUUCGACGAUCACCACGAAAGUUCUAGAAAUUCCGAUAGUGUCAGUCCCCGGAUAGACGAUGACGAGAAUCACACGAACGAAUCUAGGCCAGAAAUAAGCGUAGAUGAUGAGAAUUCUUGUUGCAGCGAUGACACAGUUCUGUCAGUCGGCAACGAAGCGCCAGUGAGUUAUGAAUCUAGCGAAAAGAGUCCUGAUACCACCCAAGGUCUCACUUCAUUCAAACAUAUACAAACUCAUUUGAAUGCAAUAUCCCAGUUGAGCCAAAACUUAAACAUGAACCAGCCUUUACUCCUUAGACCUAGUCCUAUCACGCCAAACCCAUUAAUGUUCCUAAACCAACCUAUUUUGUUUCAAAACCCCUUGUUGAACCAAGUGGACUUGAAGUCAGGCAUCAACGGACUGAAUAGGAUGCCGUUGCCGCAGAACAAUAUAAACUUAGCAGCGCAGCAUUACGGUCUGAAUUUUGGUGUACGGAAAAACGGGACACAAGAACUUCGCAACACUAGGACGGACGAGAACAGACGAUUGAACUACGCGAGUCCUAAAUCACCGAGCGACGAAUCUGGGAGGGAUUUCAUGAAUCAGAGUUGUUUAAAGUUUAGCAUAGACAAUAUAUUGAAGGCCGAUUUCGGUAGGAGAAUAACUGACCCUCUUACUAAACGGAAGAGUUUGAAGGCGAGACAUUAUGAGGCUAAGACUGUACCCGUGAAGGAAACUGUACCGGUGCCAACGAAACCUGACAAUUUGGAAUCUAGAGUACCCGAAGUGAAACCGGGCGAGAAAGCGGGUGCUAUUGAUCUAUCUAAGAAUGAAGACAGCAGUAGCAAUCAGGGUUCCACGACGAGUACAACUACGGGCGAAGGCGGGCCGAUGGUGUGGCCCGCGUGGGUGUACUGUACUAGGUACAGUGAUAGGCCCAGUUCCGGACGAAGUAAGUACGGGAGCGGCUCACGGGAUUCACGUCCAAGGACUAGAAGACCAAAGAAACCACCCGGGGAUGGCAACCCAAAUGACGAGAAAAGACCAAGAACCGCCUUCUCUGGACCGCAGCUUGCAAGAUUAAAGCACGAGUUCGCUGAGAACCGCUACCUAACGGAGCGGCGGCGGCAGGCGCUCGCCGCGGAGCUGGGACUGGCGGAGGCGCAGAUCAAGAUCUGGUUCCAGAACAAGCGCGCCAAGAUCAAGAAGGCGUCUGGCCAAAGGAACCCGCUGGCCCUACAGCUGAUGGCGCAAGGACUUUACAACCAUAGCACUGUCCCAUUGACGAAAGAAGAAGAGGAACUCGAAAUGAAAGCGCGGGAAAGAGAGCAGCAGAAUAGACGCUGAACUCCUACAAAUAACGUACAAUCAAAAGAAGGUGUAUAUAUAAAGAAGUUGGUAAAAUACAGGAGA